UGGCAAUAGUGGCAACUUUUUGCGGCCGACCGUCUCAAACCCACAAACUGAUAGAUUUUUCUUUGACAGACACACAGCCUCUUUGUCACAACACAAGACAUCUUUGCAUUCAAAGCCAUGUCUGCAUAGAAUCGACUGAAUAAACCAUUUGUGUAAAUAAGUGAACACUAAAAGUGCUUCAAUUCACUCAAUACUUGUGCUCAAAGACACGAUAACCACCGCAACAACACCUCAAACAAUGCUACCCUUCGAGACGCCCACUAUCUUCGAGCAAUUGCCGCGGUUUAUAUUCAAAAUGCCCAGGGUGGUCACCGAACAGAAGUCCAAGUUCGAGGCCGACGAGCUCUUCAGACGCCUUUCCCGCGAGACUGAGGUGAGAUAUACUGGAUAUCGGGACCGACCUCUGGAAGAGCGACAGAUUAGGUUUCAAAACGGUUGCCGAGAAGGACAUACAGAAGCGGCCUUUAUAGCGACGGGAACUAACUUACAACUUGUGUUCAGUCCCUGUGCUAAUGGCUAUAGUGAAGGCUGUGAUUUCGACAAAGAACAGGGAAAGGUGCACAUCAAGUCAACAAUGAUUAUGAAUGGAGUGUGUGUACGAUGGCGGGGAUGGCUAGACCUGGAAAGGCUGGACGGAGUGGCCUGUCUUGAGUACGACGAGGAGAGGGGAGCCAUUGAAGACUCGAUACUUCGCGAGCAAAUGGAGAGAUACAACUCACGGAUGAGGGAAUUGGAGGAAAGACAGAGACUUUUCAAAGCGGCUCAAGAAAGACAGGCAGAAGCGGAAGCAGAGCUCCGAAAGAAACAUCAAACAGAGUUGAGUCCAGAAAGAGCCGGUUCUGCCAGCAAUUGACAAUUACAUGAGAAAUAUGUCAUUUGUUAAGAAUUGAUGAAAAUCACAAUCAGAUGACCCAAUGGAGAAAAUUAGUGGGAAGAGUACCGGUGCUAACCAUACGAAGCGAUAACGAGUUGAGAAUAUUCUUGUAGUGAAUACUUAAUCGCAAUAUUUAUUUACAACAACAAAAUCAUUGGACUAAAUAUCUCUGAGAUUGUGUUAAAUGGAAAUUGUAUUAUAGACACAAAUUAAUUGAUUGUAAAACAUUAUGUGAUAUCUUCUAUAAAAGUUUAUUUCAAUUUGAAAACUGUUAGCAAAAAAAUUAUGACAUAUAUUCAGGUACUCACACAUAGGCCAUGAACUGGAUGGACAUGAUAUCGAUCUCACAUGAGUUCCUAUUUUCAAAUACAAUACUUUUCAUGACAUUUCUUUUAUAUAAAUAUAGCUGCG